GUGGUGUGGUUCCCGUCCUCUCCGUGCUGGAUGUGCUGGCUGGCUGUUCCUUUGGCUUGCUCUGCCUUCCAAGUGUGCUUUAAUGGAGAGAAAUGUAGGUGGCAGCUGCUGCCCUUGAAGGACUCGCACCCGUCUGACCCUGCGGCGCCUCCGACUGCUACCAUGAUCUUCUGCAUGCUGCUGCUGGCCUCACUGCCUGAGCCCUCUGGCACAGAAGUCAACCCUGCCAUCUGCCGUUAUCCCUUGGGAAUGCACGAGGGGACCAUAAGGGAUGAAGACAUCACUGCUUCCAGCCAGUGGUAUGAUUCCACAGGACCCCAGUAUGCACGGUUGCAGAGGGAAGAGGGGGAUGGAGCCUGGUGCCCAGCUGGCUUGUUGCAACCAGAAGAUGUCCAGUUCCUUCAGAUCGACCUGCACAAGCUGUUUUUCAUCACCCUGAUUGGCACCCAGGGCCGCCACGCCCGCGCCACGGGCAAGGAGUUCGCCCGCGCCUACCGGCUGGACUACAGCCGGAACGGGGAGCGCUGGAUCUCCUGGAAGGACCGCCAGGGCAGGAAGGUGAUCCAAGGAAACAUCGACACUUACGACGUGGUCCUGAAGGAUCUGCGGCCCCCCAUCAUCGCGCGGUUCAUCCGGGUCAUCCCCGUCACCGAGAUGCCAAUGACAGUCUGCAUGAGGGUGGAGCUCUAUGGCUGUGUCUGGUAUGAUGGUUUGGCAUCCUAUAGCAUCCCUGAAGGAGGGACAAUAGCAGCUCCUGGCUUCCCCAUCGUUUACCUGAAUGACUCGACCUAUGAUGGAUACCAGGAGCGCAGGCACCUGUAUGGGGGGCUGGGCCAGCUCACAGAUGGUGUGCUGGGCCUGGAUGACUUCACCCAGAGCCACCAGUACCGUGUGUGGCCAGGCUAUGACUACGUGGGCUGGAAGAACGAGAGCUUCAGCACGGGCUCCGUGGAGAUGGAGUUCCAGUUCGACCGACCACGGAACUUCACCUCCAUGAAGGUGCAUUGUAACAACAUGUUUUCCAAGGGGGUGAAGAUUUUCCAGAGGGUGGAGUGCCUGUUCAAACCACGCCUGAUUGCAGACUGGGAGCCUGAGCCUGUGGGGGUGGCCACAGUCCUGGAUGACAAGAACCCCAGCGCCAGGUUCGUGACCGUCCCCCUGAACCAGCGCGUGGGCAAAGCCAUCCUGUGCCGCUUCUACUUCGCUGACACCUGGAUGAUGAUGAGCGAGAUCUCCUUCCAGUCAGACAUGGAGAGUGUGAAUCCCAGUUUUGUGACGGCAGCAACAAGCACGACGGAUCUGCUGGAGACAGAGUACAACGUCACUGAGGGGACCUGGGAAACCACCUCUUCUGUAACCAGCACCUGGAUAGGAGAGAAGGCAGAUGACUCCAAUACCUCCAUCCUCGUGGGCUGCCUUGUGGCUAUUAUUCUGCUGCUCCUGAUGAUUAUAAUCAUCAUUCUUUGGAAGCAAUAUGUUCAGAAAAGGCUGGAAAAGGCCCCACGUCGAAUCCUGGAGGAGGAUGCAACUGUUCGCCUCUCCUUCUACAGCUACACCAUUGCCAACAACCAGACCCAGAUCCACCAGUCAAAUCCCACCUAUGAACGUGCUUUCCCACUGGAUUUGGAGUAUCACCAGCCAGCUACGCUACUGCAAAAGCUCCCAGAGCUCUCCCAGAGUGCAGAGGAUUCAGUGUGCAGUGGGGACUAUGCUGAGCCCGACCUGACCAAGUCCACCCCUCACCAAGGCUUCCAGAACAACGUCCCUCACUACGCCGAGACCGACAUCGUGCACCUGCAGGGCGUGACCGGCAACAACAUGUACGCGGUGCCCGCCCUCACCGUGGACUCCCUCACCAAGAAGGACAUCUCCGUGGGGGAAUUCCCUCGGCAGCAGCUGCGCCUCAAGGAGAAGCUGGGAGAGGGGCAGUUUGGAGAGGUGCACCUUUGUGAGGCUGAUGGCCUGCUGGAAUUCCUGGGAGUCUCGUCCUCAGAAUUCACUCACCAGCCAGUUCUUGUAGCAGUGAAAAUGCUGAGGUCAGAUGUCAACAAAACAGCCAGAAACGAUUUCCUGAAGGAGAUCAAGAUCAUGUCCCGGCUGAAGAACCCCAACAUCAUCCGGCUGCUGGGGGUGUGUGUGCACGACGACCCCCUGUGCAUGAUAACGGAGUACAUGGAGAACGGGGACCUCAACCAGUUCCUGUCACAGAGGGAGAUCUACAGCAAGUUUGCCAUUUCAAACAAUAUUCCCUGUGUCAGGGGCUGCCCUGACCCAGGGGCAGCACCAGCACUUGGCCUUGUUGAACCAUUGUCCCCAUGGGCCCACUUGGUCUUGUCCAUGUCCCUCUGGAUGGCAUCCCUGCCCUCAGCCCUCAUCUGGGGCCUGACUUCUGCUCUGUGCCUGCCAUUCAGGAUUCCUGCUGGAAUUGGCAAGUUCACCACGGCCAGCGACGUGUGGGCCUUUGGGGUGACCCUCUGGGAGAUGUUUGUGCUGUGCAAGGAGCAGCCCUACAGCCUCCUCUCGGAUGAGCAGGUCAUUGAGAACACGGGGGAGUUCUUCAGGAGCCAGGGCAGGCAGAUCUAUCUCUCCCAGACUCCUCUGUGCCCUAACCCUGUGUUCGACCUGAUGCUGAAGUGCUGGAGCAGGGAUAUCAAAGAUCGUCCCACUUUUGACAUGAUCCACCACUUCCUGCUAGAACAGUUGGAAUCAAACAUUUGACUCCAGAAAGAGAGACAAACUGUCGAGAACAGAGUGACUCUGGGGUCUCUUUGCCUGUUCCUCACAGAAGAUGGUCAGGCCACCUCGCUCCCCUCCCCGACUGGGCCCUAUUUAAGUUGAGACGUCCAUGGCAGCUGCUCUUCUAUUGGCCAUGGUCUGACACACAGGACCAGAGGAUCUCAUUUGGUUGAAAAAUCAUCUCCUCUUCUGAAUCAUUUCCUGGGAAUACUGUGAGAGGGGGUUUUAUUGGAUACUUCAGGCGAAAGGAAUGAGUGGAACUCGGAGGGACUUGGAGCUCUCUCCUGGCUGGAAGAGAAGGCGCCGGUCGGUGAGAGCCACUCGAGAACAGGUUUCUGGAAGGAAAGACUUGAGCCUUCUAGAGCUAUUCCAUUAAAUCAGAUGGAAGUCUUGUGCACAUUAGCAAGUGUUUCUGUGUGCUCUUGCUACACACAAUAGCAAGAGGCCAGAAACGUCUGGAGCUGGGAAAUGGUUUAACGGACUCGGGAACUGACGGAGCAUUUUUAGCAACCCUGUGGGAGUGACACUGCCAGGGUCUACAGAGGAUGCUGAAACAAGAGUCCAAGAUGAUGUUCUGUUUUCCUGUGGUUGUUAAGCACUGCUUUGGUUAUAUAUGUGCGUUUUCCCCACACUGGAUUUUUUUUUUUUCUAGAAAAAAAAAAUAAUUUUGAAAAUGAAUGUUUAAAGGGUCAUGGGAAGGUCACUGCGGUAGAAGAUCUUCCCCUGACCUACAAAUUAAGGCUAGGUAGGGAGUUUGUAUUGAGAAGUAGCUGAUACUGUACUACUGUCACUAUGUAGAUUUAUUAACCUAAUGAACUUGUAGCCACAAUGGACUGAUGUGCAAUUAAUCCUGUAUAAUUACCCAUCAAUAUGAGAUCUCUAAGUCAAUGCUGUUACGUGUGAGAGGGAACUCAGAUUUGGUGAGACCGGGUGGCUGAGAGCAGAACCCUCUUUGUCACUUGUCACAGCUCACGGGGGGGACGGGAGCAGCCCCCGGGUCACCCCGGCACACGCGUGUCUGGGGGCACCCCCACGUGUGUGCCUGGUUCAGAGGUUCCUCCCCAGGUCUGCAGCAGGUUCGUGCCAUCAGCUGGGCAGGGGCAGCUCGGCCAGGCUCUGUCACUGUCCCCUGGCCCUGGGAGCUGGGCUGGCACAUCCCCUCAGGGGGUCUGUCCUGUAUUUUGGGUGCUCCCCGUGCAGCGCGGGGCCGGUUACUCAUUGAACUUGGGGGUGGUUUGUGUGUCGUGUCACAAACAGCUCAUUCUCUGGAGGGUUUUAGAGGGCUCUGAAAUCCAUUUGGAGUGAGUUAGAGAGUUCAGUGUGUUUCUACAAUAAAUCCAUUGUGGAUUUACCAGGUGCCUGGGGAAUACUCUGCUAUUCCCUCUUUAAUCGUUUAGCAAGAUACUUAGGACCAAACCAAACAUUUCAUAAGCUGGGAGAAGAUGAAAGCUCAGCACUUGGCUUCUUUUUUUUUUUUUUUUUUUUAAUAAGCAGCAUCCAGCAUAGCAUAUAUUUCCAGUAAAGAUGAAAAAGAUAAUUUUUAUCUUAGCCACAAGCACAGAUGCCUGGCUGUCUGUGCUGCGAGCUCUGCGAGAGGGCACUGCUGAGAGAGGCAAUGUCUGCACAGUUACAACACAGGCACGAUUGUGUGCAAAGAAAAACCCUGCCUCUGAACUGGCAGAUGCCAGGAUGGAGCGUGGCAUGGCUGUGUCUGCUCCCUGGGCACAUCAAACUCCCUGGUGAAGUUCCCCAGCCCGGGAAGGGCCGUGCCUGGCGUGUCCUGUCCUGGCUGUGUGGGGUGUCCCCAUCUGAGCUGCUCCUCUGAGCCCCUUUGUGGCUGAGCAGCUGGAGGGCCCAGGUCAUCUCAUCUUCCCUGCCCAGGCUCAGGUGACCCUCACCCCCAGUUCUUUCCCCUGUGGCUGGGGGGAGCUGCCAUUCCCUGUGUGUGCCAUCUCUCCAGAGCUGGGUGGUGGGAGCUGGAGUUGCUGCAGCCUGUUGGGCACCUGGCAAACCACUCAGCCAUGGUAUUUCUGGAGUAUUUCUGUCCUGCCCCAGAAUAUGUACCCCAGUAACACACAGCCCUGUGCUGUGAAGUCACCAGACAGGCUCUGUGCUCCUGUUCCAUCGGGAUGUGCUGUUCCUCCAGUGACAUGUUGACAUACCAAGUUUCUCUCAUAUCAAUAAAUUCUAAUGAUAACCUUGA